AUGUGGAUCACCUGCUGUCGAUUCCUUGCUUGUCUUUCAUGUUGGCGAAGCCGGUGCCUUGGAGCGUUGGGCCCGGUUACAUGGCAGAAGAGGCUAGUUCCAAGAGGCAUCAGAUCUAUUUAUAGUGAAACGGGAAAAUGGGAGAAAAAAUAUGGACUGGAGACCAGGAAGAAAGUGGAAAGUUGGUGGCGUACAAGAAUAACGGAACAGUUCAACACAACUGCAGGGAUAGAUAAAUCAAGACCGAAGUUUUAUGUCCUCUCGAUGUUUCCAUAUCCUUCUGGGAAGCUUCACAUGGGCCAUGUUCGAGUCUACACCAUCAGUGACGUCAUCGCACGGUUUCAGAGGAUGAGAGGAUUGCAGGUCAUCAAUCCCAUGGGAUGGGAUGCGUUUGGAUUACCUGCGGAGAAUGCGGCAAUCGAGCAUGGAUCCCACCCAGCAAAUUGGACGCAGAGCAAUGUUCAACACAUGAGAAAGCAGCUUGAUGCACUAAACCUGUCUUUUAGCUGGGAUCGGGAAAUAACCACUUGUUUGCCAGACUACUACAAGUGGACACAAUAUCUUUUUAUCAGACUUUAUGAAGCUGGAUUAGUUUACCAACAUGAAGCUAUGGUUAAUUGGGACCCCGUGGACCAGACUGUUCUCGCUAAUGAACAGGUGGAUGAAAAUGGCUGUUCGUGGCGCUCAGGAGCAAAAGUGGAGAAGAAAUAUCUCAAACAGUGGUUCAUUAAAACAUCCGCCUAUGCAAAGGCCAUGCUUGAUGCUUUACCUGGGCUCCCCAAGUGGUAUGGAAUAAAAGAAAUGCAAGCCAAUUGGCUGGGGGACUGUUCUGGAUGCUAUUUUGAGUUCAUGCUAAAGGUUAAUAACAAACCAACAGGAGAGACAAUAGCAGCCUAUACCUCUAUACCUGAAGCCAUAUAUGGAGCUUCUCACUUGUACAUCUUACCUAGCCAUCGGCUGUUGCAUGGAAACAACUGUCUAAAGGAAAUCCUCCAGAAAGAGUUUGUUCCAGGCAAAGACUCUCUUACUUCGGUGACAGCUAUAAACUUGCUCACAAAUCAGGAGAUUCCUGUAGUCAUAUCAGCAAAAUCAGAGUUUGAAGGCUAUCUAGACACUAAAAUAGGAGUCCCUUGCAUUAGGCCAGACGAUGCUGAAGUUGCUCGGCGUUUAGGUCUGGCUUCUGAAAAUGUCAUCGAAACGUUGCCAGAUGGCUCAGAGAAACUGGCCAGCUCUGGAGAGUUCACAGGUAUGAGUAGGCAAGAAGCAAUAAAUGCCAUUACCCAGGAAGCCAGAAAUAAAGGAGUAGGAGGACAUCUAACAAGCAAUAAAUUAAAAGAUUGGCUGGUAUCACGGCAGCGUUAUUGGGGGACACCGAUUCCCAUAGUUCACUGUCAGAGCUGCGGUCCUGUUCCAGUGCCUUAUGAGGAUUUACCUGUGAGGUUGCCCAACAUAACAUCCUUUACAGGAAAAGGUGGCUCACCUUUAACUUCUGCUGCCCACUGGAUAAACUGCUCAUGUCCCAGGUGUAAGGGGCCUGCAAAGAGGGAAAUGGACACCAUGGAUACGUUUGUUGAUUCCGCUUGGUAUUAUUUAAGAUACACCGAUCCUCAUAACUCUGACAGGCCUUUUCAUAAAGAACUGGCAGACUACUGGAUGCCUGUGGAUCUGUACAUCGGAGGAAAGGAGCACGCCGUUAUGCAUUUGUACUACGCCCGAUUCUUCAGUCAUUUUUGCCAUGAUCAAGAGCUGACGAAGCACAAGGAGCCUUUUAAUGAGCUGUUAGUUCAAGGGCUUAUCAAGAAUCGGACAUUCAGGCUAACAACAACGGGCCAGUAUUUGAAGAAAGAAGAAAUUGAUCUUACUGGUCCUGAACCCGUUCACAUAAAAACCAAGGAGAGACUGCAGGUGACCUGGGAGAAGAUGAGCAAAUCCAAACAUAAUGGCAUUGAGCCCGAGGAGAUAGUCCAGAUGUAUGGAAUUGAUACCAUCCGGCUCUAUCUCCUCUUUGCUUCCCCUCCGGAGCAAGACAUCUUAUGGGAUGCGAAGACUGAUGCAAUCUCCGGGGUGCAGAGAUGGCAAUCUCGCCUCUGGCACUUAGCAACCAAACUGAUUGAAGCCAGGGAUUCUGGAACAAUGCCCAGUCCUCAGCUCCUGAAUCAGAAAGAACGAGCCCAGGCAAGACGUAUCUGGGAGAAGAAGAACCUCGUGGUCUCCGAGGUAACAGGAUACUUCCUGAAGGAUUACUUGUUUAAUGCUGCGAUUUCUCGACUGAUGAGCCUCAGUAAUGCCUUGUUGCAAGCCACCCCGCGGCUUAUUCUCCACAGUGUGGAAUUUGAAGAUGGUUUGGCAACUCUCUUUGUUAUGCUUGCCCCGAUGGCCCCGCACAUAACUUCAGAGAUCUGGAAAGGCCUGUCGCACAUUCAGAACAAGCUUUGCACUCAUCACCACUGGGACAUGGAUGUGCUGCAGCAACCCUGGCCCACGGUGGACCCAGAAUAUGUUCAGCAGCCAGAUGUGGUAGAAGUGAUGGUUCUGAUCAAUAACAAACCCCGUGGUAAAGUUUGCGUACCUCAGCAAGUAGCCCAAGAUGCAGACGUCGUACGCGAACUGGUUGUUCAAAGCAAGCUGGGGUCUGAGCACCUCCAAGGACGGACUAUUACCAAAUCCUUCUUGUCUCCUAGAACUGCCCUCAUCAACUUUCUAGUCCAGGAAUAACGGA